CCAUUGAAAUUUUGUCAUGAUUCCGACAAUGGUGUCGGUGGGUUGACUGUAGGGACGCAGCGACGGAAGUGCUGACUUGUGGGUCGUGAAUUGAGGUGCCGUGCCCACUUGUACAUUUACUUUUCGUGCAUUGGGUGUUGUACACACAAAGAAUAAUUCAACCUUCAUAUGUGUGUGUCAGUGUGUGUGUCACAUGGUAUAUGUAGGAGCCUGAGUUUGUGUGUUUAUAUAUACUCAAACACACAUAGUGGUGGUGGAUUGCGGUGGCAGAUGGCGGAGUUCACACACUUGGUGGUGGUUAAGUUCAAGGAAGAGGUGGUGGUGGAGGAUAUUAUCAAAGGGUUGGAGGAGCUUGUUUCUCAAGUUGAUAUUGUUAAAUCCUUUGUUUGGGGAAAGGAUAUUGAAAGUAUGGAGAUGUUAAGGCAAGGAUUCACACAUGCUUUCAUGAUGACAUUUGGCUCCAAAGAUGAUUUCACUGCUUUCCAAACCCACCCAAAUCACAUGCAAUUCUCGGCCACAUUUUCAGCCGCAAUCGAAAAGAUUGUGCUUCUUGAUUUCCCGGUUGUUGCUUUCAAGACCCCACAGUAGCCGGUGUGCAUGAGUAUUUGACAAUUUGAAACGAUUUAGAGGUUUUCUAAAUUGGAAGAAUUAAGAAAUUUUAUUAUGUGAAGUCUAUGUGUUCUAGUUUUAUGUGUGGCUUUCUUUUUUUUGAGAUUUGAUUAUUGUAUGAGGAACUCUUGUGGAUUCUUGAAUGAACCAAGAUGGACCGGUUCGGAAUAAUUACAAUUUUCAAUGCACAAGAUAUAAUGGUGUAUUCCGUGUAUUUAAUUAGAAUAAUAUGUGUAUUUUGGUUGUAAUUAUCUUUGCUUAAAAUUGGCUGCUAGAUUAGUGUUUUUUCUGGGGUAACAUUUCCAACCCCACUUCAAAUUUAUAUCUAAUUGCUCCAAAGAAAUGGAAUGGUAUC